UGUCAAUGUAACUAUACGUCUUUUUGAAGAUUUCUUGAUUGUAAAAGCGUUUUUUUGUGUCUAAAUUCUUUGUGAUGUCUUAAUAUAUAUAUAUUGCAAAAUUUUGUGCGUGGGGAUUAACGUGUUUCGUAUUUUUAAUUAUCUCUUUAAAGAGAGGUGUUCGAAAAUUAAUUAUUAUAUUCUGUUUUGAAGAGUUUGACAGGUGUGCCACUGAACAUUUAGGUACCGUGAAAGUGAGAUGUCCAAUGUAUCCUAAACGGGUUAGGAUAAAAACGAUAGAGCUCCAUGGCUGAGCGCCUCAGCCCUCGAAGCUCCGAGGUCAAUGCCUUGGAACAACGAGGCUACUUAAUUGGCAAAAAAAUUGGUCAAGGAUCAUAUGCCACUGUCCACCUGGCAGAAUAUUGCGAUGCAUCCAGCCCAAAACGUAUGCACCUUGCUUGCAAGAUAUUCGAUAAAGAAAAAGCACCUAGAGAUUUUUUAGAAAAGUUUUUCCCACGUGAACUGGACAUUUUAACUAAGAUUGAAUACCCUCAUAUAAUUCAGGUUCAUAGCAUUUUGCAACGAGGACCUAGAGUUUUUAUAUUCAUGAGAUAUGCCGAUAACGGGGACUUGUUAGAUUUUAUAAAGCGCAAUGGAGUUGUACCAGAGAAUCAAGCAAAACUCUGGUUUAGACAGAUGGCUAGUGGCUUACAAUAUUUACAUAGCAAAAACAUAGCCCAUCGUGAUCUGAAAUGCGAAAAUAUAUUAUUAUCUAGACGAUUCAACGUUAAGCUUGCCGACUUCGGUUUUGCGAGAUUUUGCACGGAUGGUGACAAUAGAAGAGUACUAAGCCAAACAUAUUGUGGAUCAGCCGCUUACGCAGCACCUGAAGUUGUCAGCGGCACACCUUACAACCCAAAGCUUGCUGACGUCUGGUCACUUGGCAUUAUAUUGUACAUAAUGUUGAACGCAUCAAUGCCAUUCGAUGAUUCAAAUCUCCGAAAACUAUUAAAAGACCAAAUGUCCCGGAACUGGGUAUUUCGAUCUAGGAUCCGUGACACUGUAUCGGCUGCGGCGAAGUCCAUCGUUCGACAUAUUUUGGAACCUGACAUUACCUUGCGGUUAACAUUGGAUCGAGUCUUGUCUCACGAGUGGACGAGACCACGCAAGGAUAAAAGUGCGAGUUUGAUGGGCCGCCUAGUACAAUCUGCCCCGUCAGCGCCACAUUCACCAGGGAAGCAUGAUGAGGCUGGUACUUCAGCAGGCUUACGUGUGUCUGGAGAUCAUCGAGAGACUGAACGUGAAAGGCAUGACGAUAUUAAUAUAAGAUCUCAUGCAUAAACAGACGAAACAAAGCAAAUAAAGGAAUAAUUCAGUGGCAUUUAAGAUUAACCUUUCGAAUAAACAGUUUAAAUUUUUUAUACCAAUUUAUAUUAUAUAUUUUUUACAAUUGAUGGUGUUACAAUUUUUAGACAUCAAUAGUGAAAAUAAACUUAACGAAGUCUUCUAACUUUAA